CCACUUUCACCUUCGUCUUCAACCAUUCAACAAUAUGCUCUCCUUUCAUUUCCAUGCAUGCAAAAUAUUUUCCCAUUUCUCUGUAGAAAAUAUUUUCCUCUAGAAAUGCCAUUUUCCCUUUGAUUGAAUAUUUAUUUUCUCCAUCCUCUCUUUUCGAUUGCAAAAAAUCCAUUGAAAUUAAAUAAAAAGUAUCGAUCGAUGGGACAACAAACGUUGAUUUAUAGCUUCGUCGCCCGGGGAACGAUAAUUCUGGCUGAGUACAGCGAAUUUACGGGAAAUUUUAACAGCAUUGCCUCUCAAUGCCUGCAGAAGCUGCCUGCAUCUAAUAACAAAUUCUCAUAUAAUUGUGAUGAUCACACCUUCAAUUUCCUCUCCGAUAAUGGAUUCACCUACUGUGUGGUGGCUACUGAAUCUGCAGGCAGGGAAAUUCCCCUAGCCUUCUUGGAUAGAGUGAAGGAUGAUUUUAGCAAAAGAUAUGCUGGAGGCAAAGCUGCAACAGCUAGUGCUAAAAGCCUCAAUAGGGAAUUUGGGUCAAAAUUAAAAGAGCACAUGAAAUACUGUUGUGAUCAUCCUGAAGAAAUCAGUAAGCUUUCUAAGGUCAAGGCUCAAGUUUCUGAAGUCAAGGGAGUGAUGAUGGAAAACAUUGAGAAGGUUCUUGACCGCGGUGAGAAGAUUGAGCUUCUAGUCGAUAAAACAGAGAAUCUUCGAUCACAGGCUCAGGACUUCAGACAACAGGGAACGAAGAUAAGGAGGAAGAUGUGGUAUGAAAAUAUGAAGAUAAAACUCGUUGUUUUUGCUAUCAUCGUGGUCCUGCUUCUCAUUAUCAUUUUAUCUGUGUGCCCUGGCUUCAAAUGCACUUCUUGAUAGGUUCAACCUUAAGGUUCUUAGCGCUGAACUCAUUUUAUUUGUAAAAUUAUGAGUUCAGAAUUUAACAUUCGUUGAAACCUUAGCGGUUUUUCAGACAUAUGUCUAUGUUUCGUGUCAAAAAUGCUGCAUUCAGUUAAACCAAAUGGUCAUAGGUACCAUCCGUUUAUUGGAGUUUAGCUCAUGAAGAGCUGGAUUGGCUUGUAUUUUGAUGUGAUGUAUAGGAAAAUUAGAGUUAGUUUAUUCCCCGUCUCUUUCUUUAGGUAUUGUUUCUAAAUGUUUUGUCCUAUUUGACUGUUUCUGUUACUGAUGCUUUC